UAUUUAUAGGUGUAUGUACAAUGUGUUAUUAUUGUUACUCUCAAUUCACUGAUGUAGUGCAAUUACAAACGAAUGUUCUAAUCUCAAAGUUACGGUGCUUAACUUGUAAUAGUAAUGGUAAUAAUCAGUUUGAUCAACUCUUCAAAAAGGAAACCACUGGAACUACUCACAAGUAAUUUUCUUUUUAGUGUAUUUAAAUGAUGAUUAUGAAUAAGAAUUAGAACUACAAGCAUGGAUGGUUAUAUGACGGACAUCAUUUAACGAUAAAAUAAUAUAACUUGAAAAUAUGACUAGCUCUUCACAAAAUAAGAAAAAUAAAUAUUAAGAAACAAUUUGAUUUUUAAGCUUCAGUCUUAAACCCCUGAUGUGAAACAAUGAAACAGUCAUUUCAAUCACUCAAAACGGAAGUGCAACUGUAACUCAUUUAUGAUAUUAUAGGAGGAUUUCAUUAUAUCACAAAUAGACUAAAGCUCAAAGUAUGACUAACCUGAUGUUGAAAGAUAUCGCCCUUAAUAGAUAACCUCAUUCUUCUGAAAUUGUGAAGCUUCAUAUACAAUGUGUUUAACAAUCACAAACUGGAAAAACACUAUUGUUCAUUGCUUCCUGAUUUUUGCUAAUUCUUCAAUAAACGUCAUAUCUUAAUGUAACAUUUUUAAAAUUAUUUAAACAUUAUGUUCAAAUCCAAAAAAUUACAUCAGUUUUCGAAUUAUUUUAAAUACAUAUUUUCUAACAAGUCCCAACUAGAAUCAGUCUUCCUUUCAAAGUUUCCUUUCAGUUGAACCCAAUUAACCAACACAAAUUGAUUUUCACAAGAUCAUUCUACUUUUUAAGAAACAUUUUAAUGAGAUGUAGUGAAUAGAAACUCACUGUUUAUUUGAAAAAGGUGAAUACUAAAACAAUAAAACAUAACUAAAUAAGUCUUUCAUUGUCCAAAUAUAACACAUCACCUACCACAACAAAUAUUUAUAACGUUCUUUAUAAAGAUGUUUUACUCUGGAAAAUAUGUGACUCAUUAUAUAAAAAAACUCAUAUUUUCGUAUACUUAAGUCAAUCAACCUGUAAAGACUAGGUCAAUAAAAGUUGUUUUCGUUUGUUUAUUAAUAUUUAAAUUUUCUUUGGAUGAUUUCUUCAAGAGUGUACAACUUUUCCGGAAACAGUUAGCGACAACAUGAAGUCAUAUGAGAAGACAUUCAGUCACAAAAAAGAUCAUCAGAAUUAAGUGUUUUAACACCGACUGAUGAUUAGAAAAGUUUUAUGUAACUGUAGGAUGUGAUAACGUUGUUAUUUACAAGGGCAAUGAAAGCUUUGCAAUUAGAUCAUUCAACGCAAGGAAUAUGACACAUUCUGGAUUCCACUGCUAGCCACAUUUAACAAAUUAUGUAUUUGGGAUUCUUUUUCUUUUUAUUUCUUGCUUUUAUACCCUAUAAUUUAUUCAUAAUCAACUGACACACAUGAUAAUAUUUAUACCCCGAUUUGUAGUCUAUAAUCUUGAGAUUUUCAUUUAAUAAUGUUCAUUAGCCUAUGCGACUCAUUUAAUCAGUCAGUUAGAUUGUACGAUAGGUUUAAUUAGGAACAACGAGAGCUGAAAGUUAUGUUUGAGAUGUUUUGUCGAUCCAGUAAUGAGUAUAGUGUUUUUCUAACUUGAAUAAUCGUUUAACUUUAAUUUUUACCUAGAUCUGAAAUGUUUCUAGAUGUAAAAAUUAAGUUUGAUGUAAGAUUAUUGAAAAUAACAGUCCUGUUUAAACAUUAAGAUUCAGUGAUUGAGCUUUUUAUACGAACCCACAAGGUUUCACUACAAAUCGGAAAACCUAUCUUCACUAGACGAUUGACAUCUAUACAUUUGAAUGAUAAAUAUUUUUUUGUAUGAGACAUGUAUAAGAACCCAAGUUUUUCUCUUGUCCAUAAUAAUCAACUAGGAAUAACCACAAUCCUGAGAAACAUAUACUCCCCAAGAGAUAGAAAACUAGGUUACCCAGUUCUGUAACCAAAGAUAUUAUUACUGGAAUAUUCGUGGCAUGAUUAUUAAAAUCUGACCAGCACUGUAGCUUAGAUAACUUUUUGUUAGCUAAUACUCAGUAGCCGACUAGUAUUUACAAGAGUCAUCAAUUACUUUAUCUAUCGGUAAGUUGACUUGUUAUGUUUGUGGGAAAAUUUGUAUUCAGUAAAUCAAAUUUACAGUGAUUUACAGAGAUCAGGAUUCCAUUCGGAAAUUUAUUUAUCAUAUAUUAAUUAUUGCUUAGUUGUAAAUUGAGCGUCUCUUUUCAUACGCUUCAAUUUAUCUUUCUAAAUCUAUCAUUAUUAUCGAUAUUUAUUGGAAAACAAUUUU